ACGUUCCUCGCCUUGCCGUUGACAUGGAGGCUUCUCACCAAGAGGGACGCCUAUUUCUUUCUCACGUUACCGACUCCUCAUCAGUUCGACACCGGUCCGCCAAACCAUGGUUCAUCAACUCGGUACCCACCCACCGAACAGCCCUCUUUGCUUCAAUAUAUAAAACGAACGGCUUAUACCUCGAUAUGCCAUACACACACAACCCUCUUGCCACACCGAAGCUAUGUCACAUAACGCUGGUUUCUGGGACAGCUUGACGUCCUUCUGUGGGUCCUUCUGUGUGAUUCUUCGGCGAGAAUUCCGCAACGCACCGAAUUUGCACAUCAUACUGCUCCUUUGCACAUCACCGGGAUUGUUGUUGCUCACCUCAGAAGCUCUCAGGCACCAUUUUCCGGGAACAUAUGCAGUCUGCUCCUGGGAUAAGCCGGGCGAGAUGCGAACAUCGUAUCCCGAGUGCCCGUUCAAUCGACACGUCUUCGAAACACCUACGCACCGCGGCUGGCCAGCCUUCUACAUCUUUGUCGGCGCCACGCUCCUAUGCAGUCUCAUCGCCUACCGUAACAGACUCCGACGUCUGCUGCAAGCCACAUUCUGGCUCCACUUCCUCAUCACCACCGUCAUCCGGGUCCUGUCUACCUUCUCCGGCUGGACAACCCAACCCAACUGGUCAAGCUUGGUCUGGAACUCCAACUCCUUCGGCAAGAUCUUCUGGCUAUGGCCUCUAGUCGACAGCGGUUAUUGGAGCUGGAGCUACCUCGGUUUCUACGACGAUUACUACUUCCGCGAAGAGACCCGUACCGUGCACAACCGAAGCGGCGACCCAGUAUGGACCUUCACGUCUGAAAAGACGGGCGGGGACCCAAUCGACAAGCUCUACUUCCUCUACAGCCUCAUCUUCCGGCCAUGGCGCGACAUUGCAGUUCGCUUGUCGUACAUCCACCUCGUUGAUAACGCAAUCCACGUGUUCUGGUUCCGAUACUUCCACAUCGACGCUCCCUACACUGCUUACAUCAACAACUCGGAGAUCUUGACCGUUCUCCUCUUCGUCACUCUGGCUGUAUACACUUACGCACGCAUGCGGACGCACGUGUACUUUGACGACAACGUUACCGGUCCGCUUGUCGAUAUCAAAACCACAGUCCCUCUGCCCAUUCGAUCGGCUUCGCGCGACCUGUUUACCUUUGCUUCGCCGCAUCAUGUUUUUCGUACGUGCUCUGAGAAGCGUCAGGCGUUCAUGAUUGCCGUGUGUUUAAUGACGACUGGGGCGCUGGCGACUUGGGAGUUGCAUUUGGGGUUCAAGAUCUUGUGGGCGCUUUGCUUCCAGGUUACUUUGUUUAUACUCGCGGCGGAGUUGGAGGGCAUGGAUAAGAGGGGUGAGAGAAAGUUACUAGGGGAGAUUAAUCAUAUAUGAUGGCUGGCCUCGGAGAGGGUUGUAAGGAACAUGGGGGGUGGGGUGGGAUUACACUGUGGAUGUGGUUGAGUGGGUAAUGCUGGUUGGUAUAUCGGGUGGUAGGACAUCAAUGUGUAUGAGGGUAUUGUUGGUUCUGUAGCGCGGUCUCUUGCAAGGCAUCUCCCUGGGUGAUCAAUCGUAACUACUGGCCAUCAUUGCUCCAACUAUUGCUCCACCACCGCUCUCUUCCGUCACUCUGCAAUCAUUUCCCCCCAACACGUGUCCUUUCAGCAACCAAGUGCUCACCCACCAAAGUAGUCUUACAUAUCCUUGCGGGCUCCGAAGCUCCCACUGCACCCGUACCCAGCAUCAUGAGGAAUUGAC